AUGAUGGACGUCGUGCGGGAAAGGAAUAGGAACUUUGACCUGCGCGAUUCGUAUGAAGGACGGAGUCCUGCGGAGACGGAACCGCACAGCGGUAAUAGUGGCGGUAGUGGCAACAAUGGGAGUAGCGGAAACGAGGCGUGCGUGGACAUCAGCAACGAGAGGUAUAUCAUCUGGAGGAGGAACACGCCAUUCUUAUACAACGCGCUUCUAAGGAACAAGCUGGAGUGGCCCUCCCUGACGGUCGAGUUCAUAGGAGUGGAUAACUCCUUCAAAGCCAAGACGAAUUACUUCACAAAUAAAAUUCUGCUCGGCACACAUACGUCUAAUCAGGAUUCAGAAUACGUGUACAUUGGGGAGGUAAAGGCUCCCCUGUACUCAACAAAGGAGGACGUGUUGCAGUUUGAAAAUUACACAGGGUUUAUUAACAAUAAAAAGAAAAAAAGGGGCUACCCACUCCCUUCCUUUGAAGUAAAAGCCAAGUUACUGCACCCAGGAGAAGUCAUAAGAGCUACUCACCUACCAAGCAAUUCGUUUUUUAUUGUAACCCAGACAUGCAAUGGAAAUAUAUUAUUAUUUGAUUAUACGAAGCAUCCUUCGUUCCCCUCAGAUACAUCCACGUGCUACCCUCAGAUGAUCCUCAAGGGACACAACAGUGAAGGUAGUGGGUUAUGCUGGAACAUUAAUCGCGUGUAUGAUAGCUGUUCCAAACAAAGCAGUACGUUUAAGGAGGAGGUCGACCCUGAUGCGACGGAAGCAACAGACGGGACUAAUACGAAGGGUACAACGGAGGAUGAAGCAAAUGAAGAAGAGAGUAAUGAGGAUGGCCUUGGUGAAGUAAACAUGAGCAACUUACUUCUGGCCUCGUGUGCGUCUGAUGGAAGUAUAUGCCUCUGGGAUAUAAACAAAGGAACGAAGAGUAAUGAAGUACCCAGGACAUAUGGAAUAAACAAAACGGGGAAAAGUGCUGAUUAUAAUCUUAGGGUUUACGAAAAUACACCAACCUUGAGUCCUUUAUGUACGUGGAUACAUAAAAAUGAAGAGACGUCCCUGAAUGAUAUUUUUUUUCAUCCCAAGUUUAAAAAUGUCUUGGGGGUUUGUGAUGACAAUGGGUAUAUGAGUUUGUAUGAUGUGAGGAGCAAAACAUUUUUUUCGAAAGCGGAAUUAAAUUUUAAAGAUCGUGAUGCACCCAUGAACACUUUUUCAUUUGAUACUUUUUCUGAAUACACUUUUUGUUGUGGGUAUGCAGAUGGGUUAGUUUCCAUUUGGGAUUUGAGAUACGAGAAGGGGUCUCUUCUUCAAAUAGACUAUCACACACAGAGUAUUAAUCGAAUUAAAUUUUGCCUGAUGCAGUCAGGCAUUUUUGGAUCCUGUUCAGAUGAUGGCACAGCAUGUAUUUGGGACAUUUCGAGGAACUCUUUAAAUUAUUCUCAUGUACAAAAACUCGAGGAUGAUAUUUAUAAUAAUCCUAAGAAGAUCCCAAAGCAGCUGCUCUUUGUCCAUGGGGGUCAUGUUGGAAGUGUGUAUGACCUUUCUUGGGCCAACUGCAACACCUUGUUGGUGGCCACCGUGGGCGUGGACAACUCCCUCCAGGUGUGGCACAUGAACGAGCAGUUCCUCUUUCAGUGA